CAAUCACGCAGAGAGAAGCUGUCAAUCUGCCCUUCUAAAAAUGGCGCUGUCCUGUGCGGGGGUGUGCCGCCGUUUCUCUGUGGAUUUGUACGGAAUCAGAACUAAUGGGGUUACAGUUAUAUACUCCUCUUUCACGGCCACCUCUGGAGCAAGACACUACUCAUCCCCCAAAUCCAGGCUAGGGAUUGGCCUGCAAAUUGUGUCAAGGCUGCAAGGGGCCAAUGCCAAAUAUGAACUCUUCCUCCAAAGAUAUUUUCCUCGGUUUUAUGUUCUCUAUCACACUUUUACGAAAGGUAUUCAACUCCUUUUCCAAGAUGCCAAAGAGGUGACGGUGAUAAAAACAAGGAUGCUCACCAACAGUGUCAAAGUCCAGGACUUGCCCUAUCGUGAUAUGGAGAAACUCAGGCAGUUUCGCAGAGACAUGAUCAAAGCCAUUCCACUGCUGUUAAUUUCUAUUCCUCCAUUUGCCAACUACCUGGUUUUUGUCCUAAUGUACCUUUUCCCCCGCCAGCUCCUGAUCCGCCACUUCUGGACCCCCCAGCAGCAGACUGAGUUCCAGGAAGUGAACCAUUCCCACAGGGCCCAGCACCACUGGGCUGUGCUGAAGGGUCUUGAGAGUGCAGGUUCACAUGUCAAAGAUGGCCGCCUAAAGAUCAGCCUACUAGACCUCUGCAACAAGGUGCAAAGUGGGGUACACCCUAACAUAUCUGACAUCCAGGCAAUUCGAGGCUUGUUUUCUGGAGCUCCCCUGAGUAUCAAGAGAAUAAACGCAAAUCAGAUGAGGCAACUCUGUCCCCUGUUCUUCCUGACUCCCCGCCUCCCAACUCCCAUGAUUGGCACUCGACUGAACAGCCACGCCAUAGAGCUGCUACAGCUGGACCGUGCUCUCAGCAGACAUGGCCUGCACCAGUUGGAUGACUCUGAGCUGAGACAGGCCUGCUAUGUCAGGGGGCUUGAUUCUGGCAGUCUCAGCAUCAACCAGUGUCAGGAAUGGCUUUCACAGUGGCUCCAGUUCUCCUCUCACCUGAAAGAGUCAGAGGUGUCUCUGCUUGUGCACAGUAUGGUCUUGCUCUCUGCCAACUACCCAAAGCCCUCCCACCAUUGACAGGAAGGAACAAGGAGUGAUCUGCCACUUCCAUUAAUUCAGCCAUCUCUCACCCAACAUCUGCAAUCUACCAAUGGAAGAAAUGCCAAGCUUUACAACUCACUUUUAGAAGGACAAAGUGAUUACUUAAUGUAGUGGAUUUGUGAAGGAAAAUGUGAUUACUGGCCAAUGUUUUCAGGCUCAAAUUGUCACAUGCACAGGAUACAGCAGGUGUAAAUGGUACAGGGAAACGCUUACUUGCAAUCUCUGCUCAAGUGCAGUACUCAGCCUUGAAUGUUGUUUUGUUUACUUGUAAAGCUGAUGUUUUCACAUAAGAUGUGGAGCAUAGCGGGGGGGGUGGUGUGUGUCAAUGAUCAGCUAACCAUAUUAAUACAGGUUACAUUUGGAAAAAUAGAUUGUCUGCAGACAUUCCAACCCACACCUACUACAUAGCCUUUUGAGAGCAUAUGGUGUCAUAGUACUGUACCACCAUAACCCCCUGUAUAAGUAAGCUUUUCAGAUUGGGGAAGAGCAACUUUGAGAGUUGAGUAGAUGAAAUGUUGUUACAGAAUCGCAAGACACUGGGGAAUGCCAUUCAGCAGAUGCUUUAAUCAUGUGGUCCUGGGAAUUGAACCCGCUAUAAAGGACACACUGCAAUUCAACAGGCCUUAACAUGUUUCAGCUUUGACAGCACGGUUUACUUGAUAGGAAAUGCAUUUCAUUUAGGUGGAACCUUUCGAGUAACUGCACAGCUACAGUGCUGUUAAUGUUUUUUUUUUACCUGGAAAUAUUGUGUGGGGGGGGAGAGAAAAUGAAAUGCAAUUAAAAUGAUCAAUAGUCAGUGGUUUUGAAGUUGCCAAUAAGAUUCUCAUACUAAAUAUGCAAACUAAUGUUCUUAUUCUUUUUCUACUUGUUCAACUCCUUUUAGAUUGUUCUGGUGUAUUAAGGUGAUUGUGUCAAAUAAAAUGUACUAUCUGAAA